GUAGUGAGUGAGUAUCGGCGAGAAUGGCAUUUUAACAUAUUCGUGUUUCCUGAUGGCAUUUUAGCUAGCGGCAACGACUGGAGUGGCAAAAUCCCAAAUUUCCCCCACCGGAGCCUGCAGCCUCCGGCGAGCAACCGCACCGGGGCGGCGACACUGUCGAGAUGGAUGCUCCUCCGUCCAACCCACCCCGCACGGUGAUUUGCGUGGGCGACGUUCACGGCCACAUCUCGAAGCUGGAGAGCCUCUGGUCCAACCUCCAGUCCGCGCUCCCCGCCGACGCCUUCGCCACCGCGCUGGUCGUCUUCCUUGGCGACUACAACGACCGCGGCCCGCACACCCGCAGAGUCCUAGACUUCCUCCUCGCGCUACCCGCGCGCCACCCCGCGCAGCGCCACGUCUUCCUCUGCGGCAACCACGAUCUCGCCUUCGCGGCGUUCAUCGGGGUGCUGCCGCCGCCGCCCGACGGCUCCCCGUUCUCGGUCACCUGGGACGAGUACCUCCACAAUGAGGAGCACGAGGGGUGGUUCCGCGGCCCGGGGCACGAGGGCAUGCACGUGCAGGGGAGGAGGUGGGGCGGGGUCAUCAAGGAGAGGUGGGAUCCCAAGAAGGGGCUCCCGUGCAAGGGCUCCAUCUAUGACGCGCAGCCCACCUUCGAGUCCUACGGCGUCGCCCAUGGAUCCCCGGAUCUUGCGAAGGCUGUUCCUGAGGAACAUAAGAGCUUUCUGCGUGACUUGGUUUGGAUCCAUGAGGAGGAAAAUGUGCCUGUUGAUACUGAUGAAGGCCAGAUCGUUUGCAAGCUAAUUGCGGUACAUGCUGGCUUGGAGAGGUCCAUGGAUUUGAAUGAGCAGCUUAGGGUUUUGAGAACUAAGGACACAAGGGUGCCAAAGGUUCAAAUGCUUAGUGGGAGGCAGGACGUUUGGGACAUACCAAAUGAUCUGUCUGGGAAGCAGACCGUCAUUGUUAGUGGCCACCAUGGGAAGCUCCACAUCGACGGCCUCCGAUUCAUCAUCGACGAAAGCGGUGGUUAUGAAGACAAACCUAUAGCUGCUAUCGUUUUCCCAUCGAAGACACUGAUCAGAAGUACAGAGGGCGCCGCAUCACAGAAUUGAUAUAGGGUAGCAUCAUGAGCCGUGCCCUGAAACACGGUGGUGCAAGUCUUUCUUCCUACCCCCUGUCCACAUGUUUCAUAUGUCAAACGAUCAAUAUGUAUAUUGUCGAAAGGAAAGCAGAGAGUUAACAAUUAACUCUCUUAGACAAGAGAGUUAGUUCUUGUAUGACUGCAUCCUUUCUUGUAAGUUGUAACCUGACUGCCUUUCAGCCUUUGUUCCUCUCUUA